AUGGUCGCGCCACCCUCACACAUCUUUGUCGUCCGACAUGGAAACCGCCUAGACGCCGCCGAUAAGAAAUGGCACCUCACAUCUCCGACUCCCUACGAUCCUCCCCUGACCUACUCUGGCCUGCAGCAGGCUCGACAAGUCGGCAACUACAUCAGCGGCAUCCUCGAGCAGGUCAAGCUCGAACACGAAGCUAAGAAUGAAGGCAACCCCGGUUUCAAACGCAGACGCUUUAGAGUCGUUAUUCACACCUCACCUUUCCUGCGAUGUGUCCAGACCUCCGUCGGCAUUAGCUCCGGCCUUGCCCAGCUUCCUGCCGAAUCGAUAUACAACCCCUCCGACAUCAUCGUCCCACCCCAUGCCGCCAAGGGCCAGACCAACAAGCUCAAGACUGCUGUGCUUCGCAUAGACUCCUUCCUCGGCGAGUGGCUGUCGCCCGAGUAUUUCGAAAUGAUCACCCCGCCUCCUGGGCCUGCCCUCAUGCUGGGUGGCGCCAAAGCCGAGCUCCUGCGGCGCGAGGACUACAGCUACUACAGCUUUGCCGAGCCGCCUCCGCCGCCUCAACCUACACAGAAGUUGUGGCAGUCUCCAAAACUACGGCCCGUCGAUGCGCCUCAAUCUCCUGCCGAUGAAUCUCCUGCCGAUAACAAUGGUAGCCCCAUCCUCGGCGCCGCGUCGUUGGCAGCCGCGUUGCCUGGCACACCAGGCCCCAAGAAGGGCUACGUCCCCCCAAGACCCAGUCCCCCGGUCCCCGGCGCGGGCAGCAUACCCGAAGGAAUCGUGGCCCACGCUAGAGACACUUGCGUCAGUGUAGACUUCCAAUGGGACUCUAUGCGCGAGCCGCUCGACUUUGGCGAUGGCGGCCAGCUGGGCGAGGAGUGGAUUUCCAUGCACAAGCGUUUUAGAAAAGGACUGCGGAAAAUUGUCAAUUGGUACGCCAGCACAGAUAAUGCUGCCGAGAUGGUCACGACGAUGAAUUCCGACGGAGACGACCACACCCUCGACGCUACCGACGAUGAAGAAAUCGAGACUGUCUUGAUUCUGGUAUCACACGGCGCGGGCUGCAAUGCUCUCAUGGGUGCCAUCACUCACCAGCCCGUGCUCAUGGAUGUCAGCAUCGCCUCCGUUACCAUGGCCCAACGCCGGGCCCACGUCAACUACCAACGACUUCGCAGCGAGCUGGCCAAGCAGCCCGAGGUCCAGCCCCUUGUCGCAGUCGACGAUCUCUACGAGAUUAGAACAUCCGCUACCACCGAACAUUUGCAGUCUACAGUAUCUACGCCCAGCUCCGUGAGAUCUGUCUCGGCAAAUAAUGCCUGGAAUCCUCACGCCCGCGGGCGCACGUCAUCCUUUAGCAACAGCAGCGGCGCUGUCAUUAGCCCAUUUACCUACAACAGUGACGCUUUUGCCAUUUCUGAGACUCCCGCGACUGGCGGUAACCCUCUCACUGCCAGUGCCGCGGCCGAGAAGAUGGCUCGCCGAGAGUCGUCGCAGAAGUCCAUCCGAAGUGCCUUCAACGGCGCUGGCAAUAUCAUCGCCGCGCGCAGCAAGAGCACCAGAAGCAACAGCAGCUCCAGCCUGAACAACGAAGUCAAACUCGGGCGCCCGCCAAGCUCCAACAGCAAUACCGCCACCGGUCUUUGGGCACCGGCCCGGUCCUCUCUCCGUCUCAUGGACGACAACGUGGACGAGGACUCGGACCCCUUUGACACAGUCCUGCCCAACUUUGGCAGUUUCAGCGCCACAUCGACGCCGCCAGGCGAGGAGCAGAAGAAGAAGACAAUGCCGCCAACCUUUGGAUCCGAUUUCCCGUCCUCCACCAGCUACAGCACCUCGUCGGGCGGUCCCGUCCAGGCGCCGUUUGGCCGUUUUGGCGCUGUCGACUCGACCGCGUCCUCGGUGGCGGGCACGCCCAUGUUUGCCGGCCCAAUCAAGCUGCAGACGAACCUGGACAAAGAUGACGUGAUUCUGCCGCCCGAGGAGGUCAUUGCCACGCCCCUCGGCGGCGGCUUCGGCGGGCUCUGGGGUCGCCCGACUCCGCCGAGCGAUGCCGACAAGUUUCGCGACAUGAGCCACACCAAGCGACGCUGGACAGUUAACGAACGCCCCCUCUAA